GGCCAGCAGCUGAAAACGAACUCGUGUUGGAUUUUGUUUUAUUCUUCCGUCAUCUUUAGAGCAAACUACACUUAUGUUUACAAUUCGGCCAAUCCGGUUGGUCUUGGUAAACAUUUAACUAUACAAAAAUAUUACUUUCAUCUUAAUUGAUGUGCAAUUGCAUUACGUGUUAUGUCGAAUGCAGAUACAUUCAUCCAUCUCUUCGCUGGCGGGCAGAAACCAUUUUGGCCAUUACGCCGAACACACCGACAUCCCUUCCUUUAGUCUUAGUCAGAAGGGAGGGUUGGUGGUACUGUGGGAGCCAUAGUGACGUGCCCACUUGAAGUUAUCAAGACUCGCCUGCAAUCGUCUUCCUCUGAAAUCCACUACAGUGCAGUUCGCUCCCUGCGAACAGCUUCGUCCAACGCAGGAUGCAGCGCCAAUCACAUGUAUUUCACUCCAGAAAUGAACUGGAACGUUUAUUAUCAUCACCAACAAUGCUCGUCCGUCAAUUCGAGGUUGGCUGUGUUUCCUGAAGCCGUCCUCCCUUGGCCGGCGUCUUCCGCCCAACCCAAAGGAGCCCUUUCUUGUUUUCGGCACCUGAUCGACCAAGAAGGAUGCCGGGCGCUAUUCAAAGGUUUGGGACCAAACCUGAUUGGAGUGGCCCCCACUAGAGCCCUAUAUUUUUGCACCUAUUCAACGGCCAAACGAAAAUUCAACCAGAUCAUGACUCCAGAUUCUCACUUGGUCCAUAUGCUCUCGGCUGGCUCUGCAGGAUUUGUGUCGUGCACUUUAACCAAUCCAAUUUGGUUCGUCAAGACACGUCUGCAGCUCAAUCGCAAUCAAAACGUCACAGCUUGGCAGUGCAUUUCCAACAUCUAUCGUAGUCAGGGUGUUGUUGGCUUUUACAGAGGAAUAACAGCCUCAUAUUUCGGUAUCUCAGAGACCAUAAUUAAGUUUGUACUUUACGAGUACCUGAAAUCGACCCUGCAACAGAUGCGGGAAACGCAGACGGACAGUCCACUGGGCAACUACCAAGCCAUGGACUACAUGCUAGCAGGAGCCAUCAGCAAGACGGUGGCUUGUUGUGUGUCCUAUCCGCAUGAAGUGGUUAGGACCAGGCUGCGUGAAGAGAAUUCACGUUACAGGGGAUUUUUUCAAACGUUGCACACAGUCUUCCGCGAAGAGGGACAUCGAGGGCUCUAUCGUGGACUGUCGACGCAGUUGAUCCGGCAAAUUCCCAACACGGCCAUUAUGAUGACCACAUACGAGGCCACAGUUUACGUGCUCAACAGUUUGGUAAACGAAAAGCGGUACACUGGUUCGGAAUAAUGAACUGCCGUCGCUGUUUUCAAAAGUCUUCAUUCAUGUAAUCUCCCACCCAAACCCCUUUUUCUUAAUCAGCUUUGUCUUUCGCGCAAAAUAUCGAAUUGUGAUAGUUAUUCUGACUAUUUAGAUUGUGCCUUUUUUUUUAACUUAAGAAAAAAGAAAAAAAAACGUGUAUAGAGCUUGUACAGUAUGACUAGUCACUCGUUAUUCACUAGUUAUUUUGCGCAAUCGAAUUCAUUUGUUAAAGUGUAUAAAAGGGUGCUUCCAGCACACACUUGGAGUAAUUCUUAAUAAAGUUGUCUUACAAAAUCGA